AGUCGAGAGCAGCGAAGCCCAGCAGACGCUGCCACCUGAUCCCAUCCAGGCUCCGAGAGGCGAGCAACGGGUACUUGGUGCGCAGGGCCCCAGCACCCGCGGCCCCGCAGCGGAUCUCAGGAGACGGGUUGGGAGGUAGCGGCGACCACCCGCCACCCAGGUCGGAGGCAGAGCCCUCGCGCCUCGCAGGAACCCUGGCCCUGCUGCCAGAGCCUCAGGAGCCCCCAUGAGCGCCAGCGAAGGGCGUCCCGGAUAGUGAGACCCUGGCCAGCCCGGGGGUGCGCGCCCCGUCAUGCCCACCGUCCUCCAGCGCCUGCAGCAGGCCACGAAGAUGAUGAGCCGCAGGAAAAUCCUGCUGCUGGUGCUGGGGUGCAGCACGUUGAGCCUCCUCAUCCACCAGGGGACACAACUCAGCUGGUACCCCAAGCUGUUCCCUCUGAGUUGCCCGCCUCUGCGGGACUCGCCGCCGCGCCCCAAGCACAUGACCGUGGCCUUCCUGAAGACACAUAAGACUGCGGGCACUACGGUGCAGAACAUCCUGUUCCGCUUCGCGGAGCGCCACAACCUGACGGUGGCCCUGCCGCACCCGACCUGCGAGCACCAGUUCUGCUAUCCGCGAAACUUCUCGGCGCACUUCGUGCACCCGGCCACGCGCCUGCCGCACGUGCUGGCCAGCCACCUGCGCUUCGACCGGGCGGAGCUCGAGCGCCUCAUGCCACCGGGCACCGUCUACGUCACCAUCCUGCGCGAGCCGGCUGCCAUGUUCGAGUCGCUCUUCAGCUACUACAACCAGUACUGCCCCGCCUUCCGGCGCGUGCCCAACGCGUCGCUCGAGGCCUUCUUGCACGCGCCCGAGACCUACUACCGCGCGGGCGAGCACUUCGCCAUGUUCGCGCACAACACGCUGGCCUACGACCUGGGCGGCGACAAUGAGCGCAGCCCGCGUGAGGACGCCGCCUACUUGGCGGGCCUCAUCCGCCAGGUGGAGGAAGUCUUCUCGCUGGUCAUGAUCGCCGAGUACUUCGACGAGUCGCUCGUGCUGCUGCGGCGGCUCCUGGCCUGGGACCUGGAGGACGUGCUCUACGCCAAGCUCAACGCGCGCGCGGCCAGCUCGCGCCUGGCCAGCAUCCCCGCGUCUCUGGCGCAGGCCGCACGCGCCUGGAACGCGCUCGACGCGGGCCUCUACGACCACUUCAACGCCACCUUCUGGCGCCGCGUGGCGCAUGCUGGCCGUGCCUGCGUGGAGCGCGAGGCGCGGGAGCUGCGUGAGGCCCGGGAGCGCCUGCUGCGGAGCUGCUUCGGCGAGGAGCCCGUGCUACGGCCCGCCGCGCAGAUCCGCACCAAGCAGCUGCAGCCCUGGCAGCCCAGCCGCAAGGUGGACAUCAUGGGCUACGACCUGCCCAGCGGUGUUGCCGGCCCGGCCACUGAGGCCUGCCUCAAGCUGGCCAUGCCCGAAGUACAGUACUCCAACUACCUGCUGCGCAAGCAGAAGCGCCGGGUUGGUGUUCGGGCCCGGCCCGAACCGGUCCUGGACAAUCCCCCACCGCCUCGGCCCAUCCGGGCACUGCCCCGCAUUCCCCAAGGCCACUGAGCUCCUGGAGUCUGGCCUGGGGCUGCCUCCAGGUUCUGCCUCAUUUGGGCCCCAACUUCCGAAAGGCUUAAGCCUCACGCCGUCCUUGGGGGUGCGUCUCCCUAUCUGAGCCCGCCUCCCUGGGGUGGGCUGAACCCUGCCACCCGGGAGGGUGCGGAUAGGCCCGACUGAGGCCCGGGCCAUCCUGUCCUGCUUCCUAACUGGCUGGCGACUUUUCCAGGCGGUCUCGGGCCUGUCCAGAACUGUCUAGUUUGCCUUUCUCUGGGUCUUUUCCCAGCGAAUGAGCGCAGGCCGCAGAGGGGGGCUCUGCCUGCCAGCCUCCGGGGGCUCUUGCUCUUCUUCACAGGGUCAGAGGCCCCCACACCACCUGUCUUCCAGGUUCCACCCUCACCACAGACCUAAGCUGCUCCCAGACUCCCAGAACCAAGAGUUCUUGGGUUGGGCUUUUUGUUGGUUUUUGUUUUUUAAAUAAAAUAUCCUUAAGAUGUGCA